CGUGAGGUCGAGACUCGUCUUUCAACCCUCUCUGCGGGUGCAAACGGUGCUGGGGAGGCGUUGGUUGAGGCCAGGCGCCGUGAGGAGACGCUACGCUCCGAGAAUGUCCGAAUCUCUGCUGAGUGCGAUCAGCUUCGACAGGCUCAGGGCAAUCUGCAAACCGCACUUUUUACUUUUGAGAAGGAUCUUGGUUCUUUAGUUGCCUCGGAGACUCAGCUGUACCGAAACGCUCAGCAGAGGGCAGAGCACAAGGCAACUGAGGCUCUCAACGAGUUGAAUAUCAUGCGAACUCGCCAUAUGGAGGCUAUAAACCGUUGUAAAAAUCUGGAGGCUGAUCUACAGAACCUAAGAACACGAAUUGAACUGUCAACUCGGGUCCAUGAUCAAUCUUACCUUGUUUAG